AUACAUUACAAGAUGAAAGUACAUAUAUUGUGGGAACUAUUUCAUCGUUUGUCACCACGUGUCCGCGAUCGAGUAUACCUUUAUGUGAGUCAAUUUACCUAAAAAUAUCCUGACAAACGAGUGGAACAGUGUAUCAGUAAGUGCGUUAGGAUUAUACAAAAAUGGAUUUUUCUCAAUAUCGGAAAGCUCUAGUUUACGUUUUGACAUUUCUGGCUUACGCGUGGUCAGGCUACGGUGCUGGUUUAUUAUCAAAUUUAAAGGAUGCUGUAUUAGCAGCAGAAUCGGUAUUUCAAGAUUUAUUUGAAAAUGCAAUUACCGUAGCUAGGAAAAUUAAGGAUAUACACGAAGUGUUCGAUGCAGCGGUGGAAGAGAACUGUAUCUUUCAAUGCCCAGGAGUCGAUCUCAAAACACGAUAUCAAUGGUCAAACUAUGACACGAUGAUAACACGUCAUAAUAUCCUGUAUGUAUUAUAUGUAUGGGUCACACCGAAACCAGAUUGGAAUCAUAAACCUCAAAGUAACGGAUGUGGUUCUUUAGGAAUUGAAAUAAACCAGGAGUACCUACCACUUGCGGAAAUGACGAAAUGUUGUGAUGCGCAUGACAUUUGUUAUGACACUUGUAAUUUGGAUAAGGAGAAAUGUGAUUUAGAAUUCAAGAGGUGUCUGUACAAAUAUUGCGAUGGAUAUCAAUCGGCUGCGAUAAUAAAUACGUGCAAAGCUGCUGCGAAAAUGCUUUUUACCGGUACAACUGCUUUGGGAUGCAAGAGUUACAUGGAUGCGCAGAAGAAUGCUUGCUACUGUGGAGAUAAAUGGAAUAAGAAACCGAAAAAAGCUGCUCAAGCUGGUGGAGAAUUGUAGAAAUAAUUUUAUAGAAUACUUAACAUUUGUAAGAUGCUAAUUAUCCUCAUACCUCGUUUGUGAAUUUCUAGUAAAUAAAUACGUUUUGUAUUUACCAUUA